GCGUUGUCACACCUGCGUCAGAGUGAAAUCCGCGCGUCGCACCCCCGCUUCAGCCUGUUCGCCAGGUCGAUGCGAUACGGCCCUGGCGACGCGGCGCCGAGACGCGCACCCGCAAGAUGUCUUAUUCGUGCUCCCGUCGUCGCAAUUUUCAUCGCAUCGGUGUCACGGCGAACGGCGCGCGUCGAGGAUGCUCCUGCGAUAUUGCUCGUACGCUCGACUAUGGCAGCUGCUGAUGGAUUAUGGAAGGCAGCGGUGUGUCAGGAGAGGGAGAAGGUGGUGGGCCUCGCAACAUGCAGCAGGCAGGGGCCAGCAAAAAGCUGCAGCAAACACAGGCCACAGUGGAGGAGGUUGUGGGGAUAAUGAAAGUUAACGUUGAAAAGGUGCUGGAACGAGACCAGAAGCUUUCUGAGCUGGAGAAUCGGGCAGAUGCUCUGCAACAGGGUGCAACGCAAUUCGAGCAGCAUGCUGGCAAGUUGAAGCGAAAGUACUGGUGGAAGAAUCUCAAAAUGAUGAUCAUCAUCGGCAUCAUAUGCGUUGUCAUCUUGAUCAUCAUCAUUACUUUACUUAUGCCAAGUGCGGACUCCUCUGACAACUCCACGAAAGCUCCACAAUGAUAGCGUUGUACCAAAGGUGGGAGGAGACCAGGUGUUGUUCUUAUUGUCGAUGCCUCUCUUAGGAUAAGUCACACAUGCUGAAGAAUGUAUGGGUUGUAAAGCUCUGGAACAAACGUGAUUGUGAAUAAUGUAAUUUUUAAUAUAUAUAUCUAUAUAUAUAUAUAUAUGUGUACACACACAGACACACAAACACACACACACAUACAUAUAUAAACACGUAUAUCGUCUGUGUAAAUUGGGAGCAAAGAACAUAUCACUUUUGAGACUUAAUUAUCGAAGCGCACAAUGAUUAACGACCAGUAUUCAUACAGGUGGCCUUCUCUCGUAAAAAAAAAGAAAAUUUCGUUUUAUGGACGUGUUCUCACGAUGUUAAGCCUUGUUACGAUGCUUCUCACGAUGCUUAUUAUAAAUUUAUUGAUGAUACAAAA